AUGGCUCAAGACUCAACAAGUACCAAAGAAACCCUUAGAGCUCUUGAUGAGUAUGUUCUUUUGGGACGUAGUGGAUUAAGGGUUUCUCCUCUAUGUCUUGGCACCAUGAGUACUGGUGUGAAUUAUGAGGGCUCCAAAGAAAUUUUCAAUAGUUAUUUUGAAAAAGGCGGGAAUUUCAUCGGUAUAAACUUAUAUACAAUAUAUACUGCAAACCUUGGAGAGAGCGAACGUUUUAUUGGAGAAUUUAUCGCCGAUAAACGUUCUCAAGUAGUAAUUGCAACCAAAUAUACUGCAAAUGCUACUGUUUUUACGCCAAAUGUCAAAUAUAACGCGAAUGCUGGUGGAAAUCAUCGUAAAUCUCUUAUCGAAAAUCUCGACGCAAGCCUUAAGCGACUGAAUACUGGAUAUAUUGACCUUCUGUACGUUCAUGCUUGGGAAUUCCGUACGCCUACUGAGGAAGUAAUGCGUUCUUUGGAUGAUGUUAUUAGAAGUGGCAAGGUUGGAAUCAUUCCUUGGGGAUGUAUUGCUGAAGGGUUCUUAACUGGAAAGUACACUAAAGAAUCAGAUACAAGCAUAGAAAAGAUUGGUGUACGCAGUUACUCAAUUACUAAAUCAGCAAGAGUUGAAAAAAAUUGGGAAAUCCUAAAUGAAGUUAAAGCUAUUGCUUCUGAAAUUAAUAAAAGUCCUACUCAGGUUGUUUUAAAUUGGAUCUCACAAAAACCUGGUGUCACUUCGCCUCUUAUCGGUGUCAGAACAAAAGCUCAAUUAGAUGAUAAUCUUAAAGCUCUUGAGUUCAAGCUAACUCCUGAACAAAUGGCAAGAUUGGAUGCAGUUUCGACACCAAAGGAAAUACCAUUUCCUUAUAACUUCUUUGCACGAACAAAUUAUUAUCUUGGUAAAGAUAUACAGAUGCCUGAAAAAUUUAAACCUGUAUUAAGCAUGAGUACAGGAAUGUGA